AUGGCUCAAGCAGGUAAGGGCGCAGAGGAGGUCAAACACGGCCAUCGUCCAAGCAAAGAGAACUCUAGUGGAGCCACCAAGGGGAAAGGUAGACGGAAAGGAGGAGUGGUGAGGUCCCAGAACCUGCCACUAGAGUCAAUCAACCAACUCGGUAGCUAUAUAGGGGGUUCCAACACCCUGGGAGGAGCCAAUACUCCAACGAUCGAGUUCUACUGCCUGAGCGAAGGCUCCAUCGUUUCUGUUUGUAUAUUUAGGAUUAGUACUGUCCAAGCUCGGAACUACCAAGGGACAUGA